AUGUGUCAUGUUAUGUAUAUUGUAGUGUGCUUCAUAAUAUUAGAUGUUUUUAAAACUAUAUCAAAUGAAAAUAUGAAUCAUAAAGUAUUGGAUACUUUAAGCAUUAAUGAUAUGACUAAUGCUUUAGUUAACGCCCUUGGUGUAAAUAUAGAAGGAACAACAGAUGAAAGAAUAAAAGAGUUAAAAGAAAAACUUGACAAGAUAAAUAGCUUUGCCAUUAACAAGGCUAAAUAUGAAAUUCUGUUGAAAAAUAUAACAGCGCAGACAUCAUUGAACGAAACCAACUUUUAUAAGUCUUUGAACGAAGAUGACCAAUUUAAGUUUCUUUCAACAAAAGAAUCUAAAAAUUUGUAUUUAAAAUUAAAGGAGAGAAUGAAUCGAGAUGACAUUAUGAAAAUUUUAGCGGAGAAAGCAGAGGAUGGUAAUGUUAUGAGAUCAGCGAGAAAGGUAAUGACGAGAGGACGAAAUAAAUUGUCUAGAUCAUCAACUGAUGAAGAAUUGGAUGUGGUUGUUGAUGAAAUGCUUGGUGAAAUACCAAACGAUAACCACAAAUAUGAUUCUAGAGAUAAUCAAAGUGUUUACUGGGAUCCUCAGAUCGAGUUGGAAGAGUUACGGGACUACCACAGACAAGGUGGCAGGCGGCUGUACCGUGGGGAGAGGACCACCAUCAGAUAUUACCCCUUCAUGGUCUCCAUACACGUACUCGAUAGGUUCUGGUGUGGAGGUGUAAUAUACUGGUAUGACCUGGUGCUUACAUCAGCUGCCUGUCUGCAGCUAAUGCAUAACAACCGCUUUUUUCGCGAAAACCCCAGAGUGCUGCAGGUGAGGGUGGGCAGUAACCACAGCCGCAUCAGUGGCGAGGUAGUCGAUGCAUUAGAGGUAUAUUUCCAUCCGGGAUACAAUCCUCGUACUCUACGGAACAACAUCGCCGUGAUCCGCCUGCGCAGACACCUGUACUUGAACUACCAUCGCAUACCGAAGCUUGUUGCCAUAUCUCACGACGCCAACAGCAUCGCAGCCACUGGCGAGGUUCUGCUUCUUGGAUGGGGUGUUACAAAGAUCUCUCAGAAGCUGUCUUACGAGCCAAUUUAUCUGCAGAGGAAAUUUCUACCAGUGUACCCUAAUACGUUUUGCAAGGAAAUUUAUGGAGAGUAAGUAAUGCUCUGCCUACUUCAUUACUAAGUCAUAAUUUAAACUGGCAUCAAAUCAAAACUUAAAAGACGAUAAUUUCUAUUAUUUUUUAAAGCAUGUAACUGCUUGA